AUGGAAAAAUUUCUUUUUUAUCUGUUUUUCAUUGGCAUAGCAGUGAAAGCUCAGAUCUGUCCAAAGCGUUGUGUCUGUCAGAUUUUGUCUCCUAAUCUUGCAACCCUUUGUGCCAAGAAAGGGCUUUUGUUUGUGCCACCAAACAUUGACAGAAGAACUGUGGAACUGCGUUUGGCAGACAAUUUUGUUACAAACAUUAAAAGGAAAGAUUUUGCCAAUAUGACCAGCUUGGUGGACCUGACUCUAUCCAGGAAUACAAUAAGUUUUAUUACACCUCAUGCUUUUGCUGACUUACGGAAUCUGAGGGCAUUGCAUUUGAAUAGCAACAGAUUGACUAAAAUUACAAAUGAUAUGUUCAGUGGGCUUUCCAAUCUCCAUCAUUUGAUACUGAACAACAAUCAGCUGACUUUAAUUUCUUCUACAGCAUUUGAUGAUGUCUUUGCCCUCGAGGAGCUGGAUCUGUCCUAUAAUAAUUUAGAAACAAUACCAUGGGAUGCUGUUGAGAAGAUGGUUAGCUUGCACACCCUCAGUUUGGAUCACAACAUGAUUGAUAACAUUCCUAAGGGGACUUUCUCCCACUUGCACAAGAUGACUCGGCUAGAUGUAACAUCAAAUAAAUUGCAGAAGCUACCACCUGACCCUCUCUUUCAGCGAGCUCAGGUCCUAGCAACCUCAGGAAUCAUAAGCCCAUCUACUUUUGCAUUAAGUUUUGGUGGAAACCCUUUGCAUUGCAACUGUGAAUUGCUGUGGUUGAGGCGUCUGUCCAGAGAAGAUGACCUGGAGACCUGUGCUUCCCCAGCGCUUUUAACUGGCCGCUAUUUUUGGUCAAUUCCUGAGGAAGAGUUUUUGUGUGAGCCUCCUCUCAUUACUCGUCAUACACAUGAGAUGAGAGUCCUGGAGGGUCAGAGGGCAACCUUGAGGUGCAAAGCCAGGGGAGACCCCGAACCUGCAAUUCACUGGAUUUCUCCUGAAGGGAAGCUUAUUUCAAAUGCAACAAGAUCUCUGGUGUAUGAUAAUGGAACACUUGACAUUCUUAUAACAACUAUUAAGGAUACAGGUGCUUUCACCUGCAUUGCUUCCAAUCCUGCUGGGGAAGCAACACAAAUGGUGGAUCUUCAUAUAAUUAAGCUCCCUCACUUACUAAACAGUACGAACCAUAUCCAUGAGCCUGAUCCUGGUUCUUCAGAUAUCUCAACUUCUACUAAGUCAGGUUCUAAUGCAAGCACUAGUAAUGGUGAUACUAAAGUCAGUCAAGAUAAAAUUGUGGUGGCAGAAGCAACAUCAUCUACGGCACUGCUUAAAUUUAAUUUUCAAAGAAAUAUCCCGGGAAUACGUAUGUUUCAAAUCCAGUACAAUGGUACUUAUGAUGACACCCUUGUUUACAGAAUGAUACCUCCUACGAGCAAAACUUUUCUUGUCAAUAACCUGGCUGCUGGAACUAUGUAUGACUUGUGUGUCUUGGCAAUAUAUGAUGAUGGCAUUACUUCCCUCACUGCCACAAGAGUCGUAGGUUGCAUCCAGUUUACUACGGAAGAGGAUUAUGUGCGGUGUCAUUUCAUGCAGUCCCAGUUUUUGGGAGGCACCAUGAUUAUUAUUAUUGGUGGAAUCAUUGUAGCUUCUGUGCUGGUUUUUAUCAUCAUUCUAAUGAUCCGGUAUAAGGUUUGUAACAAUAAUGGGCAACACAAGGUCACCAAGGUCAGCAACGUCUGCUCUCAAACUAAUGGGGCUCAAAUACAAGGCUGCAGUGUGACGCUGCCCCAGUCCAUGUCCAAACAAGCUGUGGGACACGAAGAGAAUGCCCAGUGUUUUAAAGUUGCCAAUGACAAUGUGAUACAAUGUUCAGAAACUUGUUCAAGUCAGGACUCCUCUACCACUACCUCUGCUUUGCCUCCUACCUGGACUUCAAGUACUUCUGUGUCCCAAAAGCAGAAAAGAAAGACUGGCACGAAGCCAAGUACCGAACCACAGAGUGAAGCUGUCACAAAUGUUGAGUCCCAAAACACUAACAGGAACAACUCAACUGCCUUGCAGUUAGCUAGUCGACCUCCUGAUUCUGGCACAGAGGGACCCACAUCUAAAAGAGCACAUUCAAAGCCAAAUGCUUUGCCGACUAAUGUUGACCAGACUGUCCAGGAAACACAGAGGCCGGAGUUAAUCUGAAGAGCACCACUUCUCUCUCUCCU